AUUUCGUACCGGUUGGUCGAGAAAGCUGGUAAGGGCCCAUGGAACGAACUGACAGAACAACCUGAGUAUAUGCCUUGCGGUGCAACUCCUCUCCGUAUCGCCCGGCUUACAGAUGGAGGCGGCGCAGUCUGGGCGCAGCAGGGGUUAAAUUAAGGUUUUUGUACCGAAUCACCGAAACACCUACACAUUUUCUUAAACAUCCUCGAUCCGAUCUCCACCGUUCCCUCCACCUUCCCAGAACCCUCGUCGCGGACGUCCACAUUCGGCGGUAUCUUCAUCUGCAUCUCCAUCGUCAUCUCCCCAUCCAACAACCAUGCCAAUCGACCUCGGCUUCCUCGAACCCAUCGACGACACCUUCGACUUCUCCGACAUAACCCUCUCCCGCCUCGGUGGCCUCCCCCAAUGGCUCAACCCCACCUCCCCACCCACCGUCGACCGCAUCCGCUGUGGCGAAUGUAAUCAGCCCAUGCGCCAGCUAUUCCAGAUGUAUGCGCCUGACGACGAGGUCGAGGGUGCGUAUGAGAGGUUAUUGCAUGUUUUCGUGUGUGGGACUGCGGGGGCGUGUCAGAGGGCUGGGUGGACGAAAUCUGUAAAGGUAUUGAGGGCACAGUGUGCGGAGGCUCUGGAGAGGGAGAGAGGGGAGGGGAAGGAGUCUUGUGUUGUUUGUGGGAGUAAGGCGCCUUUUAGAUGUGCGCAGUGUUCGAAGGCGAGUUACUGCUCGAAGGAGCACCAGGCGCUGGAUUGGAAGGAGGGUGGGCAUAAGGGCGCUUGCAACUCCAACUCCGACGGCACAGCAACCGAAACGAGACAAAAGUUCAUGUUCCCGCUCAUGGAAGUGGUAUCCGACGCCGAACCAACAGAAGACAAGCCAUUAAAGAACGUCAAAAUCGAAGAAAUCCCGCAAACAAUGGACGAAUCCGAACUCGCUCAAAUGGGGAUCAAACCCUCAAAAGAAACAUAUCAAAAAACCGAAGGCGAUCGCUUCUUUCUCAAAUUCCAACGAAGGCUGGAGAGGGAUCCUGAUCAAAUUCUCCGAUACACGCGAAACGUUGAGGAAGGGGAGGGUGAUGUCACGUUAUGGCUGAGCGAGCACAACAGACUGGAAAAGAAGGACGUGAAGAAUUGUGAGGGGUGUGGAGGGGAGAGAACAUUGGAGUUGCAGUUGUUGCCGACGGUGUUGAGUCAUUUGGGGGAGUGGGGAUUGUAUAACGAUUGGGGACUCAUCAACAUUUAUUCUUGUGACAAGACGUGUGAGGAGUCGUUGAAGGAUGGGUAUGCGGAGGAGUUGGUGUGGCAUCAGGAGGUGUCGAAGGAGGGUGUUGGAUAUGCGACGGAUAAGCCAGAGCCACCAAAGAAGCAAGCAGAGCAGAAGGAGGAGGACGAGGACGAAGAGUAAUAGAAGCCGCGCCCGAUCAUACUCCGCGCCAAGUUAGGGUAUAAUGCCAUCUGGAUCCCACCUCCACACGGCACACCCUUCCCUUCAUCUAUAAGAAAUCCUCCGACUUCGCCCCAUGACCGACCGGGAUCCGAAUGUGUGGAAAAACACGUGCACACUUUUGAAUACCUAGGCGUAACUACCCUGCUCAUUUCUAACAGAAGAAAAUGAGAAGCUGGC